ACCUUCUACGCGUCUCGUCGACGGAGUGACGCACGCGGCUCGUUCGAGUGUCUGGGCCUCGCCGCUGCCAAAUCGAGUUUCUCCCUUCGGCUGUUGAACUUUGCUCGCCGUGUCUCGUAGGCGGGUGAAGAGCUGAUUGUCCGCCGAGGCAGACUGACAGCCGAGGUUGCCUUGACAUGCCCCUUAGCGAAGAGGCUUGAGGAAGCCUGUCCAUACAAACAUGUCUGUAUCCCAAAGGAAAAGGACACGUGUGGACAAUGCUGUCAUGCAAGACGGACCUGCCACAAAACGCAUGACGCUCUGUGCACCAGCCCCAUUCAGCGAUGAGCCCGCGGCUGUGGCAGAGCGAGAGAAGUGCGACUACAGCAUCAAGAUCACAAAGGAAAUGGCAGCAUCAGGGCAAGCACCUCGGCCAAUUAGGGUGUACGCUGAUGGCAUUUAUGACUUGUUCCACCAAGGCCAUGCAAGGCAGCUAAUGCAAGCGAAGUCUGCCUUCCCGGAUGUCUAUCUCAUUGUAGGGGUGAACAGUGAUCAGCUCACUCAUACAAUGAAAGGAAGAACUGUGAUGACGGAUGGUGAGCGGUACGAGGCAGUUCGCCACUGUCGAUACGUCGACGAAGUUCUAAGGGACGCACCGUGGGUGAUAGACGAGGAUUUUCUUCAAAAGAACAAGAUUGAUUUUGUUGCACACGAUGAGAUACCCUACUGUAUGGGCAAUGAAGAAGAUGUGUACAAGCUUAUCAAGGAAAAGGGCAUGUUUCUCGCCACUCAAAGGACAGAUGGAAUCUCCACGUCAGAUCUAGUUGCAAGGAUUGUCAAAGACUACGACGUGUACGUCAGGCGAAACCUCGCCAGGGGUUACUCUGCUAGGGACAUGAAUGUCUCCUUUUUAAAUGAAAAGAAGUUUUUGCUUCAGAACAAGAUGGAUGAUUUAAAAGACAAGAGCAAACAGCUAGUGCAGAAUUUAGAAGGAAAAAGGCACGAAUUCCUUCAGAAGUGGGAAGAAAAGUCAAGGGAAUUCAUCUUCAACUUCCUGGAACUCUUUGGCAGGGAAGGAAGGCUGGAGACAGACCAAAAUGGCGCUACCUUGUUGGACACAGAUGACGAUGGUUUUGCUCCGGGUGCAUCCUCGCACUAUAUGGAAGUAUGCAAUCUGUUCCGACCACCUGCCAAGAUGAGAACCCGACGACCGAUGUCCCGAGACACCUCGCCGUACAGACCGAGCACUCCUGCUGGCUGCCAGACGCCGCCGCGUUCCCUGUCGCCACCUCUGCUUCCGAUGGAUCACAAAUUGUCUGCUGAGAAUCUCUCCGUGAUCGCGAGCUCGAGGGGCAUUCUUCCCAAAUCUAAGAGCGACGUGAACGUCAUCCAGCACAAGGCCCAAGAGGGCGCCAUCAGAGCGGGGAGCAAGUCAUCUGAAAACAUGCAGCCUGCCAAGGCACCCAAACCAUCUCUUCUGGCUAGGGUGGCUGACCAGUUGCAGAAGGAUGCCGCCUUGCAGAAAGAACACAGUGAUGCCAACUGCCAAAAUGGCGAGCUAAAGAAGCCGAUGCCACAUCCUCCAGGGAACACCGCUCCUCCGCAAGGUAGCUCCUCUAAAGUAUUAUUGGAGACUGAUGCCAAGUGUAUUUCGCGUAGCAUCUCCGAUGAAGGCGUCGGUGUGGCCACCGUUCCUGUUGGAAAGAAUUCUCAAGAUGCAUCUCCUUGUGUGUCGCUUCAUGCUGUCCACUCGGGUUCUUCUGAAGUGCAGUCGAAGAAGGUUGUCUCCGGGCUGGCAAAUGAAGACGCCGAGAAAGUGAAUGCUAAGCCCAGCACCUCAGAACCAGUAUCACAUCAUUUGCAAAGAGGCCUUACAGAUUUCUACCUUUCUUACUCCAACCCUGCAGAAAAUGAUUCGGAAGAGUAUGAAGUAAGAGAAAUAGAACCAGAGCCUGAUUACGUAGGUUCAAGUAAAGCUGAACCAAGUGCUACGGCACAGGAACCAAAAGGUUCCGCCAAAGUGCACGAGUCUUCGGUAAACAGUGCCAUGGCAGUAGCCCGUGAGGUGACCACCCCUCAGCAAAUGCAGGUUUCUGAGGUCAGUGGGGCUGAAGAGGCGUCACCCGGUGCAAAGCAAGGCACAACAAAUUCUUAUGUCUUUAACUUAAAUCCUGUAGCAGUGAAAGCUGACAACUCUAUUGACCCUGUUGAUGAAACGUUAACCGUGACGGAAUUGGAUGCAGUGAAAGAACGACCUGGCUCUCCGGUGGAGAGGCGUGAGGAAACUUGACUUCAGGAUAGCAGUGUUCCCAACUUCAGCAACGAUGUAAUAGAGUAAGGGCCAGCUUUCUCCACUUCAUUGAUUGAUUUACACGAGGACAAUAAUUGGGGAACUACAUUACACAUACGUUUGAAGCAAAAACUCUGUUCGAAGACCAAUCUCAACCACUAUAAUGCCCUCUGGAUCGUGAUAGGGCAUGAUGAAGACUAUGCUGCACUGCCUUAGCGAACUGCAGUGGCCUAUUGUGUAUGUCUGUAUGGAGAAGGACCAUAUUCUCUAGAAGCAAAUUAAGAUAUUCCUUUCUCCGCUUUGUGCCUUGGGCCGCUUGCAGUUCAAUUUCUACAAGAUAUCUAGUAAAAGAUGAUACAUAUUUACAUUUACUUGAAGCCGGAUUACAAGGUUCUCCAGUGAGCGUGUGUGCUUCCUUUACAGAAAUGUGGCAAAAAUUACAGUGCCAUAAGGGAAGGGAGGGUGUACCGUGUCCCUAAAUAUGCACUGUCCUUCGCUGAAAGUUUUUGUGUGUUCACUAGUCAGUAUGUAGAGCAUGGCAUUGCCGACACCCUGCCCUUGUUCUCUUUUCAAAAUUUG